AUGAAUAUUCCUGGAGCGCAUGACGCCGAUACUUGGAACUACAGCCUCGCCACCCAGCAGUCUCUUGACCACGUCACUAACCUUGUGAACAAUGAGGAGUUUGACCCACGAGCAUACAGAUGCCAGGACCUUUCGAUGCUUACCAUGCUGAAUGACGGCAUUCGAGUGUUUGAUCUGCGGUACGCCUUCGACGUUACCAACAGUACCCUCGUCUUCUGGCAUGGGCCGGGCCUCGUAUCGGAGACAGCCACUGUCGACGACGUACUCUUCGGCUUCUAUCAAUGGCUCGAUGAUCACUCGUCAGAGACUAUCUUCCUUUCUUUCCAGUACGAGGGAGGUACCACGGCGUACGCGAGCGACGACGCUGGCGUUCAGCUUGCGCUCUUCAAUGCACUAUCUUCCCCAGCAGCAAGACAUUACUUUUUGCAGACUACGGGCAGCUUCGGUACACUAGGCGAAGCUCGGGGCAAGAUAACACUGCUAAAGCGCUUCGAUCUCGACCAUCUCUCCGCGGGCUACACCACUGCCUUGCCUGGUGUACACUUCAGUCCCACCAAUUGGACUGAUAACAGCCCCAACAUCACACUCGUGUAUAACAGCAGCACUGGUGGCACAGCAUACAUUGAGGACUACUACCAGCCGCUCACACCAGAGAAUUCUACCGCCGAGGAGAACAUCCAAUGGAAGAUCAACGCGACCGAAGCACACCUGACUACGGCCGCGACAAGCCAUCCUGACGACCUCUUUUGGAGCUUCGCCUCAAGCACGAAUCUACAAAACAAUCCUCCUGUAACACCAGUCAUUCAGGCACUCGGUAAUGGUAGCCUAACUCCACAGGGUGGUGUUAACGAUAGGCUGGUGCCGUUUCUGCAGACAAUGAAGGGUAAGCGCCUUGGAAUUGUCAUGAUGGAUUUUUACGAAACGCCCAGCGAGCUGCUGCCGCUGUUCCUGAGCCUCUUGCCACCGAAGAACAGCACCUCGAGGGGAUAUUAG